AUGACCACUCCAGAUGUUAAAUGGAUAGAAAAACUAAGAAUAGAAAAUUUAGACCAAUACUUUACACUAGUGCGCAUGCAUUUAUCUUUCGUUGUUGAUAUAAAUACUGACGAUGUUGAUUGUUCAACUGACAAGCCAAAGCAAUUUCGAUGGAACUUUCACAAGAAGACCAAGAGCUCUAGUUCGAAUUCUAGUCAAAGCAAUACAAAUAACACAAAGAACACUAUAGAGGCAAAUUCUAUUACCGAAGAAGGUAUCCUUAGGUUAAAUGAGUUAAUAGACUAUCUAGCUAAGCCAGAAAAUGUCACUCAAGAGGGUAUAUUUCGUCGCACAGGCUCCUUGAGUCGCCAACAAGAGCUUCGUCAGCUUUUAUUGACGGGAUCAAACUUAGGACUUGAAGACUGCAAAUUUUCUGUACAUGAUUGCGCAUCAGUGCUGAAAGGAUUUCUUGCGGAGUUACCACAGCCUUUAUUGAUGGACCAAUAUUAUCAAACCUAUUGUACUCUGGCUGCUCAAUAUCCAACUAAUGCAGAAUCGUCAACAGCCAAACUCCUCACUGCUUUGCAACUAUUAUUGUUGCUGCUAACUCCAUCACACAGAAAUUUCCUCCAAAGGCUCUUAAGGUUGUUACGUCUUGUGGCAGACAAUGAAGCAUCUAAUAGAAUGUCUCCAGAUACUUUGGCAACAAUGUUUACACCACAUUUACUGUGUCCAAGGAAGCUGUCACCGGAGACUUUCCACGCGGACUCGCUGGCCCUGUCGCCCGUCAUCAGCUUCAUGAUCCGCCACUCGGAGGAGCUGUUCCGGCCUCCCACUCAGCUCGGCACCGACGCGGCCGCCUACUUCACGCUGCGCGAGCGCAAAAGGCUCAUGUCACCGGACGUCGACUUGGACGAGAGCAUAACUGACAAGACCGCAGCGAACACGGUGUACACGUUCGUGGACCGGGGCCGAACCCGCGCGGAGAACGCGCGCAACCCCACCGACACGGCGCUGGCGCAGCUCUACGCGCACAUCCAGGCGCUGCCCGACUCGGCGCACAAGCGGCGGCUCGUCAAGCACUUCAACCGCCAGAACGGCUACGGCACACCUAUACAAAUACAGAGGAGCGGCAAAGUGGCGGGCACACGGAGUUUCGGCGACUCGAUAAAGAGGCACAUCUUCAACAAGGGCUUACUGAAUAAAACGCCCAAGAAGGGAUCCGGCUCCGGGAUCAAUACGGUCGAAGAGGGGCCGCGCAAGGCCGCACCGACCCACGAGGGAUUGCGUACCGCUUUCCCCGACUCCGGUACGGAUACCGAAUCUGACGACAGCACGCUCUCGGAGGGGGCGCUGGAGCGUCCGCGCCGACGCAGCCCGAAGUUCGCCUCCGAACCGAACCUGAGCAGUUGCGGUCCGGACGCGAGCACGCCGAAGCGCGGCCGGCUGUUCCGCCAGGACAAGGCGUACCGGAAACGCGGCGCGCCUGCACGCGGUACGCCGGUACGCGGUACGCCGGUACGCGGUAAUCCGGUACGGGGCGCGCGCGCCUGCGUCGCCUGCUUCGACCCGGACAGCGGCUCGGAGGGGGAGCCGCUUGAGACGAGCGAAUGUAGACCUUCCGCCGACGGAGUAGGGUCGGAAUUGCUUCGGCUCACCAGCACGCCCGGCCCCGCCGAGGCGAUCGCCGAGGGCUGCGUGACCCCCUAUCCGGCCCACUUCAGGCGCUCCUCGAUGUCGCCGAUAACGAAGUCUACGCAGAAGCUCUCCAAGGCUAUGCAGGAAUCCAUAAUGACGCCUCGCUCUCGAAAACCGCUGAUAAUCACUUCGGAGCAGCGCGACAGCCUGCCCGAGGGGGCGGAAAGAGCGGAAGCGGAAGGGGCGGAAGUGGAAGCGGCGGAAGUGGAAGCGGAGGAAGUGGAAACGGCGGAAGUGGAAGUGGAAACGGCGGAGCCUAACAACGACAGCGACUUCGUAUCCUCGGAUGAUGACGUCACGCCGCGAUUCACCUCCUGCCACCGGUCUCUAUGGGAGCAUAUUUCACCCAGCUCCGGCCGCCCGAGCGCGAGUCCCGAGGGCGGACGCCUCUCGCCCCACCCGGGGGCGAAAUCGUUGACGGCGCCCUUCCGCGACUACCUGCUCAGCCGGUCGGUGCUGACGGCCGCGCCCGUCGACCUCUCCGCGCUGAGCCAGUCGGACGGCGCGCUCAGCGAGUCGCUGCUCUACUGCCUCGACGGGAACACGCCGUGCGACCUCACCACGUCCAUUAGCGGGCUGGCCGUGGACGCGGCGCGCUUUUCGCCCCUCCGGGGGGCGAACGAGCGGAAGCGCGCCGCCCCCCGCGCGGAUCUCGCCCCCCACCACAAGAAGGCGACGACGGCCGAUGCUCAAGCCGCCCCCGAACACAAGAAGCCGACGGGCAAGGAGAACCGCCGCGACGCGUUCGAGAUACGCGAGACGGAGCUC